AUGAACUGCUGCUGUGACGAGUCCAUGACGCCCUCAGCUCCUCUGGGGUGCGGCUGCCUGCUGAUGACCUGCUACCUGCUGAUGAACUGCUGCUGUGACGAGUCCAUGACGCCCUCAGCUCCUCUGGGGUGCGGCUGCCUGCUGAUGACCUGCUACCUGCUGAUGAACUGCUGCUGUGACGAGUCCAUGACGCCCUCAGCUCCUCUGGGGUGCGGCUGCCUGCUGAUGAACUGCUGCUGUGACGAGUCCAUGACACCCUCAGCUCAUCCGAACAGCAGCUGUCGUACCCAUCACUGCGUUUGUGGAGGUAAAAAGUGUAAAGUUAGUUUUUUCUUCUACAGCUUCAAUCAGGACGUUAAAUCGUCCUGA